UGAAUUUAAUGCAGAAUGGGUGUUCCAAGUUUCGUUCUGAGUGUUUUAAAAAAGCUUAGGCUGGAGCUCCCGGCAGAUGAGGCUGUCUCGCAGCCCGAUGGGCGCAGGCCGUCGCUCCGACUCAGCCGUUGCCAGAGCAACGCGGCGCGGCCGGAAGGUCUGUCGGGUACUUCCGGUGCGGCCUGGGGGCGCCUUCCCUUCCCUUCCCUCCCGCCGCCGCCAAGAUGGCGGCGCCCGUGUCGCUGCAGGUGGAGUUCGGGGGAUAUCAGAAACCUGCUAAAGUGGAUCAAACAGAAUCUGCUGAAAGAGCGACCGGAAUUAUUUAUGCAAGGGGAAUCUGUGAGGCCAGGAAUUUUGGUGCUCAUCAACGACGCAGACUGGGAACUAAUGGGUGAGCUGGAUUAUAAACUCCAGGACCAGGAUAAUGUGCUUUUCAUCUCGACAUUACAUGGCGGGUGAACUCCUGGAAAAAGAAGAGGACGUGAAUCCAAGCCCUUGGGCAAACGAACACCGGAACCCACCCAAACCUCUCUCGAACUGUCUGUGCCUGAUCUCUGCAUCAUCCCACCACCUUCACUUGUUAACAAACAUCCAAAUAAAACCCCAUCAACACACAGCCUGCUGCGUACUGCUA